AUGGGUGAAGCCAUCAACUUUGUUGUUACGUGUUGUAUCAUGUCCUAUAUCCAGCCAUGCAAGUCAGCCAUUGCCAAUAUCUCACUCAGUCUUAAUCUAUUUCUGCUUGGUAGUCUUUGCAUCACGGAACACUGGUGGAUCAGCAACUUGUACAUAGCAACAGAAACGCUGGAACUGAUCUUUAUCCUCAUUCCUCUCAUGUCUCACAUCCUGGUGUUUGUGUGGGCUGGCUAUAAACUGACUUCCUACACUAUGAGACGUUGUGGAUACCACUCCAACCCACAUGGCUGUAGAGUGGCACUAGUCAAUGCUGUGAACAUGUGUCUCCACAGAAGAAGACGUGGUGGCUACCAGGAGAUGACCUAG